AUGCGUCUCAUAAAGAGCAGCAUUGAGCGAAACGGCUCCGGUGCCGUCACGCUCUGUCCCGAGGAGCCCGAGGACAUGUGGCAUGCCUACAAUCUCAUCCGACCAGGUGACCUCCUCCGCGCGAGCGCGGUCCGUAAAGUGACGACCACCCAAGACAGCGGCACCACCACCUCCACGCGCGUCCAUCUCAUGCUGCAGAUCCGAGUGAAGAGCCUCGACUUCGACCCCCAGAGCUCUCAGCUCCACGUGAGCGGCCAGAUUAUGAACGAGACGCAACACACCAGAGUCGGACAGCAUCAUACCCUCGAUCUGGAACUACAUCGCAACUUUACGCUAGAAAAAGAAGUCGGCGCCGAGGGUGAGGGGCUUGGAUGGGACAGCGUCGCCAUCGACAUGCUGAAGGAUGCGGUGGAUGAAGGCGGGAAGAGACGGGCGGAAGCGGUGGCGGUGGUGAUGCAGGAAGGGCUGGCUCAUAUCUGCUUCAUCACCCAGUUCCAGACGAUCCUGAAACAAAAGGUCGAGAUGUCGAUCCCGCGUAAGAGACAAGGGGGUAGUGAUCACGACAAGGCUAAAGCUGAUGUUUCGGGCAAGGGUAUGGCCAAGUUUUUCCAAGUCACGCUGGACACGUUACUCCGGCAGAUGGAAUUCAACGCCAGUUCGACAGCGUCGACCAGCAAUGAGCCGGUCAGACCGAUCCUGCUGGCCUCUCCCGGAUUCGUGGCGGCCGGUUUCCAGAAACACAUCCAGUCGGCAGCAUCGACAAACAUGCCCGCCCUCAAACGCCUUCUGCCCAGUAUUGUGGUAGUACAUUCUGCCUCUGGUCACCUCCAUGCACUGUCCGAAGUCCUCCAGUCACCUUCCGUCAAGACCCUUCUCGCCGAUACCAAGUAUGCGCGCGAGACCAAAUUGAUGGAUGAUUUUAUGGAACACCUCCGCAAGGAGACGAACAAGGCCACGUACGGCCCACGCGAGGUCGAGAAGGCCGUCGAUCAGGGUGCUGUCGGCAGAGGCGGAGGAGUUCUCAUCAUAUCAAACCGCCUAUUCCGCGCGCAGGACGUCGCGGAGAGAAAGCGGUGGGUUGCGCUGGUCGACCGGGUCCGCGACGUUGAAGGCGGCGAGGUGCGAGUGCUGAGUUCCGACCACGAGAGUGGGAAGCGACUGGACGGGUUAGGAGGCGUCGCAGCUCUCCUGACAUUCCCGAUUGCGGAGGAGGAACUCGUCUCGGACGAGGACGAGACGGUAGCGGACGGAAUGGUAACAACGAACGGACAGCAGGCUGUUGAAGCGCAUUAG